AUGGCAGAGAAUCACCCCUCUCCCGAUUACUCCCGCCCACAGUUUCCUGCCCACAGUGAACCCCGGGUAUGGAUGAUCACGGCCGGAGAUUCGCCCAUUGGGAUCUCCGUCACUCGCCAGAUUUUGAUGCAUGGCGAUUGUGCGCUUGUUGGACUGGCCCACACCAACCUGGGCCGGGAUGAAUGUCGCCGAGACGAAUUCGAUGCCUUCCUAGCAGAGGUCGAGAGCCAUCGUGAGGAGGGAUGGACACAACGUUUCAAGCCGGUUCCGUUGGACAUAAGAGUGGUGGGAGAAUGUCAGGCAGCGGUUGCGGAGGCUGUUGCAACAUUCGGCAAAAUUGACAUCCUUCUCGGUUGUACAAGCCAAGCCCUGGUUGGAACUGUAGAGGAGCUGGCGGCCUCCCAGCAAACUCUCAAUCUAGUCCGGGACCAGUUCGAGAUCAAUUAUUUCGGGCCACUCAACAUCAUUAAGGCGGCGCUUCCUCAUAUGAGAAGACAGAAGUCGGGACAUGUGAUGAUUAUCUCUGGGAUAACGGCUCAUAUCGGGACACCGGGACUGGGGAUGUACUGCGCAGCUGGCUGGGCGCUCGAGGGUUUCUGUGAUAGUCUUGCAUAUGAGAUAGCGCCUUUCAACGUUAAGCUCACGAUCAUCCAGUGCAGUAUUGAGAUUGGCAUCCUCACCAACUUGGUAACCAGUGUACCACCCAUCGUCCCUGCAUAUUCUCCUCGCGCCAACCACGCGCCUCUAUUCCGUGGAAUCCUCAAUCGACUUGUCCCCCGCCUACCGCAUACUCAGAAUGGGGUGGACGAGUCUCGAAGUUCCGGCCGAAUCACUUCUGCCGAGGACGGGCCUUUCUCGGGUCCAGAGGUUCUGUCGACGUAUCCUCCACUCAGUCCCGCGCAUAUGGAGAUCCUGGUUGCGGAGACUGUCUACGCGAUCACUGCCAUAGGAGGGCAUGAAAAUCCACCAUCCCGCCACAUCGUUGGGCAAGAAGGCGUUGCCAGUGUCAAGGAAAAGCUGAAAACUGUCAGCGAGGAACUAGAGGACUUCAUCCAGUCCAGUUUUGCCGUUGAUUACGCUGCGGAUGAGGAUCAAAAUCGUGUCAAGGACGACAGUACAGGUGGUAUUGGUCGUUCCCAACUGCCGUAA